AUGGUUGUACCUCAGCGUGCAGUAUAUAGCCCUCUAUUGAUGUACGCUAUAUGCACAGCAGCGGCCAGAUUCCUCACUCAGUUAUGGUCGAAAAAGGCGCCCGGCCAGGUCAUCGAGUUUAGUGGCGUCCCAUUGCCCGACUUGAACAAAGAGUCUGCAAUUCACUACCACAACAAGUGCAUAUACUACUUGAUGGACACGUCAACUGACCCGGCACACCCUUGUACCGAUGACGCCCUGACUGCCAUCACUAUCCUCCGAUAUCAUGAGCAAGUCGACACCCACCUCACUGGUUCAGAUGAUGAAACAUACAUCAGAGCAGUCCAAGCUGUAUUCCACGCACAACAACAAGACACUAUCGGUCUUGUUAGUAUCGUCCAUCACCCUCAACGCGGCUCGGAUAUCUAUGCCCAAAAUAUGCCCUCAUUAAGGCAUUCUGCAACUCUCAUAGCUCUUCGUCAGGAAAUAUGGUCGGUUCUUCUCUACCGCCGCCCUUUUCGACUCCCGCUUUACGGUGCCGAGGACUGCUCACAAUUCAAUGCCGACAUAACGGCCGCCGACGACUUCGACUGGGCCAACCGCAUCCUGGUCUGGUGUGCCUAUGUUCUCAAAUUCUGUUUUGGGACAGUUUCUGAUAACGUCGGCGAGUCUGAGGACCCAAAAUCAUUGGCUGAGCAAUGGGAGGCUCUCAAGAUGUUUGAGCGCCGUUGGGACACCCAUUUGCCACCUCAUUAUAGGCCACUUGCUUAUCAGGAACGUGAUCCGGAAAAGGGAGAAUACUUUCCCAAGAUAUGGCUUGCCAAUGACUGCCAGGUACUCGCGCAGCAGCACAUUCUACUGACCCGCGUUAUACUCGCAGUUCAUGGCGAGAAGAAUCAACGUCUUGGUAUCGGUGCGCAGGCAGCGAAUCAAGCACUCGAGGAAUUCCUCCGGGAAUCAACCCGAAAGAUAUGUGGGCUUGCUUUGUCGAACUCCAAGAGCCAAACAGGCAUGGUAACCGCCGCGGUUGGUAUAUCUCUUUGUGGAGAAUAUUUUCAGGAAAAAGGAGAACAACAAGCCAUUAUAGAUUUCAUGGAAAGUUUGGAAUCUCUACAUGCGUGGCCUACCAGCUCCGUAGUGGAUGCUUUGAGAAUAGCAUGGGAUUCCCAUUCUGCAUGA